AUGUCUGACGGUACGCUUUACCCUACUCCUCUUAACGACACCUUGCUAAUCUCAAUGACAGCUGAUAUUGAGGCCGUCCGGCGGCUCCAAGCAGAACGCAAUGCUGCUGCCGCUUCUAAAAAAGGUUCAAAGACCUUUGAUCCUGCUGAUCAACGCACUGACAACUCGACCAAGGCCUCCCUUACCGAAUCCUUUGAUACAACCUUGUACGAUCGACAAGGUGCGGAUAGGUUUGCUGGAUAUGAAACCUCCAUCGCUGUGAAUGAAAAUGAUGAUGAAAUGGAAGAUAUUGGUGGUCAUAGCCUCGUGGGCCAGUACACUGCGACCAGAAGUCAGAUUGAUGAGAUGGCACAUGGAAAUGGAGUCGAAGAAGAGGACAUCCUGCUUGGUCGCGAGAAAUCAGCACGCAUCGCCGACCGGGAGACUGACUAUCAAAAGCGCCGAUUUGAGCGUGCUAUCUCGCCCACACGCGCCGAUCCCUUCGCUGCCAAUAACGGAAAUGUGGAAGGAGAGGGUCAGACGUAUCGUGAGGUCAUGGCCCUUCAGGAGCUGGAAAAGGAAGAAGCGCGUGUUCAGAAACUCAUUGCAGAGAGAAGAGAGCGUGGUGAAGAUAUCCCUGAGCAUCAGGCUGAGCUGAAGAUGGACGUAGACGACAAAGAGAAUGGCGAUGCCCAAUCGACUGCCGGUAGAAAGCGAAAGAAGCGCUGGGACAAUGCCACAGAUUCUACUGCGGAGACAGCUACCGACCAAUCUGAUGAAGCGAAGACUAAGAAAUCGCGAUGGUCCGAUACACCAGCCGCCGGUGCGAUGGAAGCCCCCAAGCCUCGCUCCAGAUGGGACCAGGCACCUUCUCUCACAGCUGCGACACCUGUCGGUCACCAGGGUCUUGCUACUCCCAUACACCCGUCUCAAGGCAGUGCACUUUCAACGUCCAGUGGCUUUGGCCCCGAUCCCUCCGGCUGGUCUGACGAGGACCUCGAUAUGAUGCUCCCCACCGAGGGCUACCAAAUUUUAGACCCCCCUGCAGGCUAUGUGCCUAUCCGCAACCCAUCACGCAAAUUGAUGGCCACACCAGGCCCUUCUGUCGCGUCCGGAUAUGGAGGCUUCAUGAUGCAAGAGUCGGAAAGCAUUCAUUCGAUGGGCAAAGAACUUCCCACCGAUAUCCCUGGAGUUGGUGAUCUGCAGUUUUUCAAGCCGGAGGAUAUGGCCUAUUUCGGUAAGCUCAUGGAUGAUGGAGAUGAGAGUGGUAUGUCUGUUGAGGACAUGAAGGAGAGAAAGAUCAUGAGACUGCUUCUCAAAGUCAAGAACGGUACUCCGCCUAUGCGAAAGACUGCUCUGCGACAGCUUACAGACAAUGCGCGGAACUUCGGAGCGGGUCCUCUUUUCAACCAAAUCCUUCCUUUGCUCAUGGAGAAGUCAUUGGAGGACCAGGAACGUCACUUGCUGGUCAAGGUCAUUGACCGUGUGCUCUACAAGCUCGAUGACUUGGUUCGACCAUAUGUCCAUAAGAUUCUAGUCGUCAUUGAGCCACUGCUCAUUGAUCAAGACUACUAUGCUCGCGUCGAAGGUCGCGAGAUUAUCUCCAACCUUGCCAAAGCUGCUGGUCUCGCCACCAUGAUCAGUACCAUGCGACCCGAUAUUGACCAUGCCGACGAGUAUGUGCGAAAUACCACCGCUCGAGCAUUUGCCGUUGUGGCUUCUGCUCUUGGAAUUCCAUCUCUCCUUCCGUUCCUCCGCGCUGUCUGUCGCAGUAAGAAGUCCUGGCAGGCUCGGCACACUGGUGUCAAGAUUGUCCAACAGAUCCCUAUUCUGAUGGGCUGUGCUAUUCUUCCUCAUCUGAAAGGCCUUGUCGACUGCAUCUCGGACAACAUCAGUGAUGAACAGGCCAAGGUCCGAACAGUCACUGCUCUGGCCGUUGCAGCUCUUGCUGAAGCCGCCAAUCCAUACGGUCUUGAAAGCUUCGAUGAAAUCCUUAAUCCUCUCUGGACUGGCGCUCGCAAGCAGCGCGGUAAGGGCCUUGCCGCUUUCCUGAAAGCCGUUGGCUACAUCAUUCCCUUGAUGGAUGUGGAGUAUGCCAACUACUACACCAAGGAGAUUAUGGAGAUCCUUAUUCGAGAGUUCUCCUCUCCAGAUGAAGAGAUGAAGAAGGUAGUCUUGAAGACAGUAUCACAGUGUUCAAGCACGGCAGGUGUCACUGCCAGUUACCUCAAGGAGAAAGUCUUGAACGAGUUCUUCAAGAGUUUCUGGGUGCGACGCAUGGCCCUUGACCGCCGGAACUAUCGUCAAGUAGUUGAUACCACUGUCGAUCUAGGUCAGAAAGUCGGAGUCGGUGAGAUCGUUGAUCGUAUCGUCAUUAACCUGAAGGACGAGAGCGAGCCGUACCGUAAGAUGGCUAUGGAGACCAUCGAGAAGCUUAUUGCCUCGUUGGGUGCUGCGGACAUCUCCGAGCGUCUAGAAGAAAGACUGAUUGACGGUGUCCUAUUCGUUUUCCAGGAACAGAGCAUUGAGGACGUUGUGGUCCUGAAUGGAUUUGGAACUGUGAUCAAUGCUCUUGGCACACGAUGCAAGAUCUACAUCCCCCAGAUCGUCAGUACCAUUCUGUGGCGCCUGAACAACAAAUCUCCCACCGUGCGACAGCAGGCGGCCGAUCUCAUUUCGCGCGUCGCCAUGGUCAUGAAUUCAUGCAGUGAGGAAGCCUUGAUGGGCAAACUCGGUGUUGUGCUCUACGAAUACCUAGGUGAGGAAUAUCCCGAGGUUCUGGGCUCCAUCCUGGGCGCCUUGCGAUCCAUCGUCACCGUGAUUGGUAUCAACCAAAUGCAACCGCCGAUCCGCGAUCUUCUUCCCCGACUAACACCCAUCCUGCGUAACCGUCACGAAAAGGUCCAGGAAAACACAAUUGAUCUUGUCGGUCGUAUUGCCGACCGUGGCCCCGAGUCCGUUAAUGCUCGUGAAUGGAUGCGUAUUUGCUUCGAGCUACUGGAUAUGCUCAAGGCCCAUAAGAAGGGUAUCCGUCGUGCUGCUAACAACACCUUCGGUUUCAUUGCCAAGGCUAUCGGUCCCCAGGAUGUGCUUGCGACUCUCCUGAACAAUCUUCGUGUACAAGAACGUCAAUCGCGUGUUUGUACGGCUGUCGCGAUCGGUAUCGUGGCGGAAACCUGUGCUCCCUUUACUGUGCUUCCCGCCUUGAUGAAUGAGUACCGCGUGCCCGAGCUCAACGUGCAGAAUGGUGUCCUCAAGGCCAUGUCGUUCUUGUUCGAGUACAUUGGUGAACUCAGCAAGGAUUAUGUCUACGCUGUUACACCGUUGCUCGAGGAUGCCCUGAUCGAUCGUGAUCAGGUCCACCGACAGACUGCUGCCAGCGUGGUCAAGCACCUCGCCCUCGGCGUCGUGGGUCUCGGCUGCGAGGACGCCAUGGUCCAUCUCCUGAACCUCAUCUUCCCCAACAUAUUCGAGACCAGCCCCCACGUCAUCGACCGUAUCAUUGAAGCCAUCGACGCCAUCCGCAUGGCUGUCGGAACCGGUACAGUGCUGAACUACGUUUGGGCCGGACUAUUCCACCCAGCCCGCAAGGUUCGCACUCCAUACUGGCGACUUUACAAUGAUGCAUACGUACAGGGAGCCGAUGCGAUGGUUCCUUACUAUCCCAAUUUGGAAAUUGAUGGUAUGGACCGACCAGAGUUGUUUAUCGUCAUUUGA